GUAUAUCAGCAACCCUGAUAUCCUGAGAUUUGACUGGAGCUUCACCUGGUUCAACAAAGUUAAGGAACUGUCCAUUCAGCAUGUGUACUUCAACUCCGUUCCCUGCGAUGCCUGGGUUGAUAUGGAAGUUGUGGAGAUACUGGAUGCCUCCAAUAAUCGUCUCAAUAAUGAGUUCCUGUUUAACAAACGGUGUGAUUACAGGGGCGCCGUGCCAAAUCUUCACACCUUCAACAUGAGCAGAAAUGUCCUGACAAGUUUAAGAGACUUGUCAAUGCUAACAAAGGAGUUCAAGCAGCUGCAUGUAUUGGAUUUGAGCUUCAACCAGAUGGGAUCUGCUGAAAAAAGUCAGGACUGUGUUUGGAAAAUAAAUAUCACCAGGAUCAUAGCUCACCACAAUCCAUUUGUAAGUGAAGCUCUCCAAUGUCUGCCCACCACGGUGCAGUACUUGGACUUGUCCUACUGCGACCUCGACCAGCUGGACAUGAUGUACUUUGAGAAAGCCACCAACCUGAAAGAGCUCCUGUUAAGUGGAAAUAAAAUAAAGUAUAUACCAUCUAAGUGGAAAAGUCAGUCACUGCAGUCACUAUCUUUGGAUGGGAAUUCGUUUGGUCUAAUUAGCAAGGCGUCUUUCCAGGAUAUGCCUCAACUAUCUCAGCUGAGGGCAGGGAACAAUCCUUUCCAUUGCACCUGUGAACUCCAUGCUUUCGUCCAGGAUGCGAUUUCAAAGGCAAAGGUUAACCUGACCGACUGGCCUUGGAACUACAGGUGUUACCAUCCAGAGGCCUUGCUAAACACAGUCAUAUCCAAAUUCUUCCCAAAUCAAGUGGCCUGUGACACCAGACUAGUGAUCAUCAUCUGUGUGGUGACCACUGCAGCAGUGAUCUUGAUAUUAAUGCUGAUUUGCUAUAUUUUUGACCUGCCGUGGUACACUAAAGCAACGUAUCAGAUCAUCCGGGCCAAAUACAGAUAUCACAAGGAAAAGGCGGCGGGGGAAUUGGAGGAUUGUACUUAUCAUGCCUUUAUAUCAUACAGCCACUCUGAUGCAGACUGGGUGAGGGAACAGCUCUUACCCAGUUUGGAGAACAACAAGAACCCUUAUCGUCUGUGUAUUCAUGAGAGGGACUUCAUGCCAGGAAAGUGGAUCAUCGAUAACAUCAUUGACAACAUCGAAAGCAGCCGUAAGGUAAUAUUCGUCCUCUCUCGGCACUUUGUGAACAGCGAGUGGUGCAACUAUGAGCUGUACUUCACUCAGCAGAGAGCGAUGGGAAAGACCUUUGGGGAUGUCAUUCUUGUGAUGAUGGAGCCCAUGGAUGCCAGGUCCAUUCCCAGUAAGUACUGCAGGCUGAAGAAGAUGCUCAGCACCAAGACAUACCUGGAGUGGCCCCAGCAGGUCAACCUGCAGGCGUUUUUCUGGGCACAGCUGAGGAGCGUUCUGGGCAAGCCGACAAUGACCCGAGAGGAGAGGCACAGCGUUAAGAGCAGAACGUUAUCUGUGGGCGAAGUUUCUGUGAUUGGGCCCCUCAUCGAAGAUACCAGGCCUGAAGGAGCUACACCUAAUGCAGACAAAGAAGCAGUACCGAAAGAUGAGAUCAUAAAAAGGAACAAUUGUGAACUUUCCAAUCAAAGAAAAAUUCCUCCAGUGGCACUCUGACAAAAAAGGAAAGAAAAUAAAGAGGGUUUUUUUCAGUAGUGUCAAAGUAAAGCCCUGAGUUCAGGUAACCUUUUGGAAAUGAUGUAUGUAAAAGCUGGGAUCAGGAGCCCACGUCUCAUUAUGAGCAAAAGGGCAUUACCCUUGGACAGCCCAUGUCAUUCUGUCGUGUGUUCCCCAGGACCCAGAGAUGCCCCCUGCUCCACGGCAGGCCAGCUGACAGGCUCCGGAACGCCACAAGCUGAAGAUUUCUCCUUUUGUAAUCUGGAUACAGGUUUCAGGAAGAUAUGGUGACAGGAGCCUGACUGUGAAAGGACUAUGCUCUGGUCAGAGGUUGCGCUAGACUUUUUGACGGACAGGAUCGUAACAUUUUCAUCAAAAUCCAUUAUUACCCGUC